AUGGGAAACUUCGAUCAUAACGCCGUGAUUCGCGGUGCUCAGCUGACGGUGGUUGCCACCGUCCGCGCAUUGCGGAACCCCGAUCUCUUUAAAUACGACCACUUCCGGCAGGCUGCCUUUGCUGUCGCUGUCGGUGUGGGUGUCGAGCUCCUCAUCCAGAUUCCCAUCAUUGCACUAAAGAUAGGACUUUGGUUCAUCUCAUGGAUUGUCGACCUCGAGAGUGUCACUUGGGACGAUUCCCUCAUUGAGGGUCUCGACUUCCUCUCCAAGUCUGUCCUUCAUGUCCCCUUCCUCAUCAUGUCGUUGAUGCGGUACAUCACUCCGACAUUGGAUGAAAUCUUCAUGGAAUCGUUGAAAUGGGUGGACACGACCUAUGUCGAUAAGCACAAGGCAGAGGACCCGAGCACUCUGCGUGCCAUGUACUACCCGAACCUCUCCAUGUACAACGCCGGUGAGGGCAAGGUCAAGUCCACCGCGCCGAAGAAGUCGGCCAAGGAAAGAAUCAUGGUGUUCCUUAGGAGGUCCGGCCAGAGAGCCGCCCUGCUCCUGGGCGUGUCCAUCUUGUCGCUUGUGCCUGUUGUCGGACGCUUUGCCACUCCAGCAGCUUCCUUCUUCGCCUUCAAGGAUGCUGUGGGCACUACCCCUGCGGCUGUCAUCUUCGGAGCCGGUUUUAUCUUCCCGAAAAGCUACGUUGUUUCCUUCCUGCACAGCUUCUACGCCUCUCGCACCCUGAUGCGUGAGAUGCUCGACCCCUACUUUAGCCGCGUUCCCUUCACCCCCGAACAGAGAAACCGCUGGUUUGCCGACCGUCAGGGUGUCCUGUUCGGUUUUGCCUUUGCCUUUACAAUUGUGCUGAAGACUCCCUUCAUCGGAGUCCUCCUGUACGGCGUUGCGCAAGCCGCCACAGCGUACCUCGUCACCAAGGUCACGGAUCCCCCGCCGGCCCCGUCCGAGAAGGAGGGCUUCGCAGAGACCCAGGUGACCUGGAAGAACAAGCACGAGUUCCUGCGCCUGUCGCUGGACAAUAUCGACCAGCUAAACAAGGCUCCAGAGGAGGAAAAGCCCAAGGCGCCCGAGGUGCCGGGUCGGAAAUUCGAGUAA